GAUCCCAUGCCCUGUUGCCGCGCCCGCACCUCCUUCCCCAUCCGCGCCCGCCGCGGCUCCUCCGGCAGCUCCGCCACGCGCCCAACCGCAACCUGCCCGCACGGCCACCGCUGCCUGGUAGUAUCUAUCAAAUCAGCCACCUGUCCUCUUUUUCUUCAAAUCAAGUCCGUUUCCCUUUCCUUUCUACCCUCUCCCUCGUCUCCGGCGGGCGGUGGCCUCACCUCCCUCUCCCCGUCGCCCUGAUGGCUCCCUCCACAGCUCUCGCUCCGGUGGCCUUCCGCUCCGCCUUCUCGACGCCGCUCGCGUCGAAACCUACCCGUAAUAGAAUGAACAUAGAGGGCGCUUUCUGUUUGCCGUGUUCCACAAGGAAGAGAGCAAGUUAUAGACCUUUCCGAGUGUACAGUUUAUUUGGAGGGAAGAAGGAUAAAGAUGAGAAUGGUGAUGAGGCGCCAUCGAAAGCAGGAAUUUUUGGAAAUAUGCAAAAUCUCUAUGAAACUGUUAAGAAGGCCCAAAUGGUUGUCCAAGUUGAGGCUGUCCGGGUGCAAAAGGAGCUUGCAGCGACUGAGAUUGAUGGUUAUUGUGAAGGCGAACUAAUCAAGGUUACACUUUCUGGAAACCAGCAACCUAUUAGAGUUGAAAUCACAGAAGCUGCGAUGGAGUUGGGUGCUGAAAAACUUUCCGGGUUGGUCAACGAUGCUUACAAGGAUGCACACCAACGGAGCGUCCAGGCCAUGAAAGAGAGGAUGGCUGACUUGGCGCAGAGCCUGGGAAUGCCUGCGGGCCUCGGCGAUGGUCUCAAGUGAUGCCGCAAUUCGGGAAAGCUUUCCAAUAAUCCUUUUUCCUCAAUUUUGUAUGCUAGCCGUGUGAGUAGUAAGCAUAACCCCUCCGCGACCUCUCAUAAGAAGUGUACUUGUGAGCACUUGUUUUCUUUCAGCUUUAGCUGCCAUUUGCUGUUCUGCGCACGCAGAUAUUUGCACAUUAACUUCACGUCUGGUCUACAAAGUUGCAAGAUGCGGGCCAUGAUCUUUUGGGCAUUUUUCCAACAAGUUGUUGGGCUGGCCCAGUUGUAGCCCUUCGAAGAUGAGACAACCAAGCCCAUAUAUAUAACAC